UUUUGUCACUGUCCCACAUCUCAACCAUGGGUCAAGUACUCUCGCAACUACUCGCGGUCGACGCGAACGCACCAUCAGACACGUUCAUCACCAUCGCUGAUAAGUAUGAGACUUAUGAGGAGCUGCAGCAGUCGCUCCGUCAUGCCGGCCUCGAGUCAUCCAACCUAGUCGUUGCCAUCGACUACACCAAAUCAAACGAAUGGAGCGGCGAACGAUCGUUCGGUGGCAAAUGCUUGCAUGCGAUCGACCCAACGGGCGCCACGGUGAACCCGUACCAAUCCGUCAUUCACAUCAUGGGACGCACGUUGGAGGUAUUCGAUGACGACAAGCUCAUUCCCGCGCUUGGGUUUGGCGACUCCAAGACUGGAUCGGCUUCCUGCUUCAGCUUGAGCGCUGACGGCGAGCCCUGCCACGGCUUUGACGAAGUGCUGUAUCGUUACGCCCAAGUGACGCCAACGCUCCAGCUCUCUGGGCCGACGAACUUUGCCCCCGUGAUCGAAGAGGCCAUCCGCAUCGUCGAGCGCACCCGGCAGUACCACAUCUUGAUCAUUGUUGCGGAUGGCCAAGUGAGCAACGAGAAGGAAACACGCGAUGCCAUCGUGGCUGCCUCCAACUAUCCCCUUUGUACGACCUUCCACCUUGCAUAUUCCACGAGUAUUGAUUGACCAGUGCAACUUGCAGCGAUCGUAAUGGUGGGCGUUGGCGACGGGCCGUGGGACAUGAUGGAGGAGUUUGACGACCAACUGCCUGCUCGUCGGUUCGACAACUUUCAAUUCGUCGAGUACAACAAGGUGCUUCGACUGAACCAGAGAAACCCCGAAGUCGGCUUUGCCACUGCCGCUCUCAUGGAAAUCCCAGAUCAAUUCAAGACCAUCAAGCAAUUGGGUCUGUUGCAAUGAUGGGAUGAAGAAAGCGCCGUGAGAGCCGACGUCAGACACUGUACUUGGGAGUAGCAAGCCCUCAUCGUUGUGGUUGCCGCCCACGACAUUCGAACCAGUGGACGAGCUGGCAGUCGACCAGUUUAUAUAAGCAUUCGUACCAUGCCAACAUGUUCUGGAUCGUCAUCGUGAUGGGGAACAUAUAGAUAGAUCUCAAUGAAAGCCGAGCCCUCGAUCUAUCGCCACUGCUGCCGCUGUUUUAUAGUGUAUGGAUGCACGGUCUAGCAGU